AUGUACACGGUGUUGGUGACUCGAGAACUGAUUCCCAUGCCGGUGACCUUCACUGAUGGGAAGCAGCAGCUGGACUAUGAAUGCCCCGUGUCCCUCAGUGCCUUUUACAGGCCUGUGUCCAUCCACGGCAGUGAACCAAAGAGCGUCUUCUCCAGGCCUUACAUUGAGAUGCUGGCACGAAGAUCAAAAGUGGACCCUCUCAGCAACUGUCCUCUGGUAGACAGCUGGACGGUUCCUGAAAUGGGCCUUGACAAGAUGAUGUCAGUCUCCCCUGUCAAGUGUUUUUUUCAUUACCGAGGAUGUGACAGUGUGAUGGAGCUCACUGAGCUCGGGCCACACUCUCUGGACUGUCCACACAAACCCGCAGGGAGCCUGGAUGCAAAGAUGCGUAACUGGGAGAAAAGAUUGCAAAUGACAGCAGGAGAAGAAAAUGUGGACAACUUGUGUCUCUUGGCCAAGGAGCAUCUGGAGCUCUACAGGAAGCACCUCCCAAAACCAGGGGGCCAGGUGCAGGAUGAGGACGGAGAGUCUCCUCUGCAGAGCCUGGAGCAGGCUGCUGUUUAUUAUGCGUCAGCUAUCAGAGUCAGGUCCAAAGAUCCCAGGCUCCACUUUCUGCUGGGUCUGGUUCUGGAGGAGCAGCACUAUGCUACAGAAAUGUAUGGCCUCCAGAGGAAGGCUGACAAGGACAGAGAGGAGUUAAGCGAUGCCAAAACAACAGCACUUCAAGAUGACAUCCUUGCUGUUUGUAAACUGCACGGUUUCGUGGGCACACCCACGGUGGAGAGCCAGCUCCAAGCCUUGGAUAAGGAGUAUCAGCAUCUCAAAGAGCAGGGCCAGUCCAGCAAAGCAGAUUAUAUUCAGACACUCUACACGGUGCUCUCCAAGAAAGCUUUCAAAGGUAGCAACACGGUCAUGCAGCAUGAGGAAGGCUGUCUCCACCGAGCCCUAAUGAAGUACCUGGACGCCUGGGGUUUGAGUCCAGACAGCUGGGAGUUCAGUCUUCACGUUGGAAGGCUUCUGUUGCUCCAAGGGAGGAGCAGAGAGGCUCUGCAGCACCUUCAGAGCGGCCUGGCACUGCGCCCUCUGCACCCUGCUCUCAGAUUCUUUACAGGCCUGGCUUCGCUGCAGCAGGAGCAGAAAAUCUCUGAGGGCACGGAGAAGGAGGCUGCACUAUUCUUACAUCAGGGACUGGAGCACUUUGUCAGCCAGCGCUGCAGCAGGAGCCAAGUGGAAGAGGAUUCAUCAGAUCCUCUGUCCAGCCUCAGUGUGCAGUUCCUCCGUGGUCUUCUCUCCUUUGCUCAGCUGCAGGAGAGGAACACGUUGACAGAGAAGGCCAUGAGUGCUGAACAGGUUUAUCACAUCGCAGCAGUGCUGGCAGCCCAGAGUCUGAGUCAGAGUGUGUGUCGUGGUGAGGUGAGCAGGCAGCUGGAGUGGGUGCUGCUGCAUGCCCACUUUACCCUGCUGCAGAAGAUGAUCCAGCAGGGCCAACAUCAGUCCAAGGCUGACAGUAGGAGGGAGUGCCUGGUGGCGAAGAGAUGCCAGGCUCUCACAGCUCUGAUACGUGUCACCUCCAUCCCUCCCUGUCAGGAGCUGCUGGACAUGCAGGAGAGAACAUGUCAACUAGCCGUAGUGACCGCUCCGAGGGACAGCCAGGCCCUGUGCCUCCUCGGCCUGGCCCAGCUGGCUCAAUAUGACAACAACCCAAAUUCAGAGAAGUCAAAUGAAGCCAGAGACGGUGCCUGCCUCAGCUUCCGGGCCAGCAUCGAGCUGGAAGAGAAGCCUCUCAGUGGAAACCCACCUGAACAGUUGAGCAAGCAAAAGUGGUGGCAGGACCAGCUGGAGGCGGAAAACAAGAAAAAUACCCCACAGCUCAUCACCGAAAAAGCCCCAGUGAAGGAAUUUCGUGAUAGCAGUGUGGCAAAAAGAGGAGCCAAGCCAGGCCGAGGAGGGCUUAGUCGGGGGCAGGUAGCCGUGGCCAAAGCUCCGGCUCCUGCCACUGCAGCCCCCGUCAGGGCAGGGAAGGCUGCUCGGCCUCCAGCCAAAGCCCCUGCAGUUAGAGGGAGAGCUGGAGCAGCUGCGAGGCCGGAUAAAUCAGUUAAACCUUCCAGCAGCGGGACCAAACCGAAGCUACCUGCCAACAAGUCCAAACAGGACUGUUCUCUUGAAACUGCUGAAACUGCGGAGGAGUCUGGUGCAGCACACAGAGCCAGCACGUCCAGUCCAGUUAACCGCAGGUCUCACGUGUCGCGGCUGGGUCUCGCUCGGGCCCUCUCACGCUCAACACACACCCAGGACCAGGCACAGCAGCUUUACCGAGAGGUCAUGGCCAUGGCGCCGGAGAUCCACGAUGCGUACACUGAGCUGGCUCAGCUGCUGGAGCGCUCCGAUCCCCCGGCAGCGCUGGACGUUUACUGCAGGUUCCCUCAGAAGCCUCCGGCCGAGCAAAGCUACGACGACGCCUUCAUCAAUGGAGAGAUCAUCCGCAUACUGAUGUCACAAGAGCAAUACGACCACGCGCAGCUCGGCCCCAGCUUGGUGGCUUACGGCAAAGUCAUGGGCCUAAGUUGUAUAGAGAAAUACAUUGGUAUUUUGGAAGAAAAGUGCAGCACUGCGCUGCUGAAGAGCGUCUAUGCAAGAAUCCAUGACAGACAAGAGGACGAUCCAGACCUACAGGACUUCUUCAAAUUCAGAUGCUGGAUUUGACAACUUUGAUCACAAUUUCUGGUGGAACCUCAUGACUCAUGGAUGGAGACUUUAAUGUACCAACUGUUGACCGCCCAGAUGAAGUGGAUAAAUAUUUAGACAACCGAGACUCCUGUUCUCUCAAGCCUCGCAAACAUUUGGCAAGCUCACUAAUGCUGGUUUAACUGUGUUUUUCCAAGAUUUCCCCACAAAAACCCACACAUCUCUCUCCUCUCUGACCCAGUGUCAUUCUUGGCCAACGACAAAAAGCCACAGAGAACGUCAGACAAACACUUCCAGCUGUGAAAACGCUCAAACAAAACAUACUCAUAUUUCUGUUUGACCAUACAAUUGUAAGAAUUGAAAUAACAAUAAUAACUUUCUGACGCUCCUCUGAAUUAGAAGCCAACCAUCUGUCGAGCUCCCGGGUCAAUUACCUUUUCAGAGACAGAGGCAAAGCCUUUGGAGGGGUGCUGGGUUCUCGUGUCAAAGACAUGGAAUUUUCCCUCCAGUGACGUGGCCACCAACUUGUUCAUGUUGAUGUCUUUCCUGUCAAACUCCACACAGCACACCUGGUCAUGACGUAAGAAAUAAAAACAGUCAGUCACUAGGUAUGUAUCCCAUGGGAUGGCUCCACCACAAACUGUCAUUCCUACAAAGGAACGUGUUUAACUGACUUGUUAAUUACUACCUUCAAGGGCAGGUGAACAUCGACACUUGCAAU